AUUACAGUACAAUGCAUAAACCCACCCACCACAUCACCACCUCACACCCUCUUAUCCUCAGGCACCAACAAUGAACCCGCACAGACCAACCUCAAAAAGCCCACCAAACCUUUAAAGCCUUGCAGCCUUACAAACCUCAGGCACCCAAAGCCAGCUCCCCUCACAAUCAUCACAUUAAUUAAAUCAAUCAAAUAUCAAUCCAUCCCCAUCCUAACAAACAUCCCACCACAACCCCGCCAAGAUGAUGCAAACUCGCAUGCUCACCAAAGAAGACGAAGCCCUCACGGGCAGCGAGGACAACGAAGUCCGCCGCGAGGACCAAGAAAAGAUCAAUCGCUUUAGUCGGCUGCACCAGCGCGAGACUCUGCUGGAGGAUCAGUUGAAGUUGAAGAUGAAAGAUAAAGAAGAUUUAGAAGAAAUCUCCACGGAACUGGAGUUGGCGGAUGAGGAUGAGCUGGUGCCAUACAAAAUCGGAGAUGCGUUCUUCCAGCUCCCUCUUGAAGAGGCUCAGUCUCUGCUGUCGACGGCAACAGAGCAGGUCGAUGCCGAUGUGAGCAAGCUCGAGGAGGGAUUGAGUGAUCUGCGGGAAGAGUUGCAGCAGCUGAAGGUGGCUUUGUAUGCGCGGUUUGGACGGAGCAUUAACCUUGAGACUUAAUUAUAUCGGAUCUUAGCUUAGUAUCUACUACUGUUGUUCGUGUAAUAAUGAGACAGAGUGAUGAUGAU